AUCUACGUCGCGGAUGCCCUUUUCAAAUUGUUGCCCUAACGAUCAAAAAACAACCCUUGAUCGCGACUGCCGUCCUUUUUUUCGAAGAUCCAGCUUUCAACCUCGAUAAAAACAUAUUCGCUCUCAUCUCUCCGAGAAUACUUCCGAUUAGAAUCUCAGUUCAAACUCUCAUGUAAUGUGCUUAGAAUCUUUGAAGCAUGCUCUGUUAGACACGAUAUCACGCUUAGAUCAUCAACAUAACUUUUUCUGUAGUGCUGGCUGGUCAUUGUUCCGGGGGCGUUCCUUUUACAAGACUCUGGUCAGUCUGGUAGAUCCUCCGUAUUUCCAGCGUGCUCAGAGGGAGAAAAUGGCAAGAUCACUUUCUCAGGCAUGUGCCAAUGAAUCAAGUGAUUUGAAUAAAUCAUUGAAUGCUGCAUGCGCAAGCCAGAAAAAAGAAUCAAGUACUUAUGGACAUGAAAGCACUGCGCUUUCAGGAGUUGAUGUUGAGCAUGCAACCACUAUAGACAGUGAAUCAAAUAGAAAUGACAUGAAUAUGAGAACACAUGAUGAAUCAGAAUGUCUCUCUGACAUUGAUGAUCUGGAGAUUGAUCUCUACCUUCACAAUGAGGAGGAGAGGCGAUACAAGAAGAUUAUAUGGGAAAAACUGAACCGAGAUUAUCUUAAGGAACAAACGGCCAAGGAAGCGGCUGCAAAAAGGGGUUUUGAUGGUUUGCUAGCAUCAAGAGAGCUGGGAACUGCUUUUGCAGCAAAAUCCCAAAAGAACUCAGCCAGUGUGUUCGCAGAUGAUAUCAAGGUUGUUCGGCUAAUGAAGCGGAUCAAAAUAUUCCCUUUUAUCUAUCUGUGUAUUUAUUUAUUUAUUUUGCAGAUGCAAUUAAACUAUUUCAAUCGUAGAUGCCUUUUUUCCCCCCCUAAAAAUUGUAUAAAUUCCUGAAUGUACUGUUCAAGUGGUUACACAUACCCUUAUUAUUUUACCUUUCUAAUAUCAAUUGAUCUGCAUAAGCAUAAUUGACGGCAAGAUUUUAAAACUAUGGUUUGUUUUGAGCUGAAGAGAAAACCAUGGUUUGUUUUAAAUACACAUUUGCAGGGAAAGAAGCAAAAUAUAGGAAUUACUUGUUGAAUUAUUAAUAAUACACGUCUUUGUGUAUAUGUUUGUAGAACUCAGCCAGUGUGUUUACAGAUGAUAUCAAGGUUGUUAGCUAAUGAAGCGGAUCAAAAUAGUCUUUUUUAUCUAUCUGUGUAUUUAUUUAUGUAUUUUGCAGAUGUAAUUAAACUAUUUCAAUCAUAGAUGCUCUCCCCCCCCCCCCACAAAAAAAAAAAAUUGUAUAAAUUCUCGAAUGUACUGUUCAAGUGGUUACACAUACCCUUAUUAUUUUACCUUUGUAGUAUCAAUUGAUCAGCAUAAGCAUAGUUGACGGCAAGAUUUCAAAACUAUGGUUUGUUUUGAGCUGAAGAAAAAACUGGCUUGUUUUAAACACACA